AUUCAGGAAUAUUAGAUAAGAGUGCCGUUUUCCUGUAAAGGCUGUUGAUAAGUUUUAUGAAAGAGGGAAACAUGCUUGGAUAAUCUGUUGAAUGAUGGCCUGUAUUUCCUGACCUCGUCAAUCAUGUACAUCGUCAGCAAGAAAACUUUAACAAGGGUGCUUAAUUUUAUCCUUUUGGUCAUCGUUCUUCUGUCCUGGGUUUAUGUGAUAGUGGCAGGACGGUAUGCAGGACUGUUGUACCUAGAUAAAAAUUAUUCAUAAUACAAUGGAGAUCAUAAAUGACAAUGCCGCAAUGCUUACCAACUAUGAAGUGCUGACAUUAUUGUCAGAUAUCCAGGCUGGACGUGGACAGAAAAAGCCAGAUAAAAGUUUACAACAAUUAGCAACAAUAACUUAUGAAGCUGUCAAAUAUUUGGAGGACAAACCAUGUAAAACACAGACUCCAGAAAUUAUUGAACAAUUCAUGACAGAUGUUCAAUCAUAUAAUCUAACAAAAUCUGAAAAGGUUCAGUUAUUGAAUCAGUAUCCAUCUACUGCUGUUGAAAUCCAGUUAAUUGUGGAAGAGAGUGAAGAACGGUUAACUGAGGAUCAGAUUUAUGAACUUUUGGAGGUGAUAGGAAAAUACAGACCAAGUGAAGCUAUAGAAGAGGAUGAAGAAGAGGAUGAAAAUGAAGACAUGAAAGAAGGAGAGGAGGAAGAUAUAACAGAACAGGAAUAGAUAUCUAUACAUUCUACACAAAAUAUGUUAAUAUUAUGCUAGCAGCUAAAUAAAUUUUUGCUCUUCAUAUUGUAGAUAAAUUGUAUUUAAGGAUUCAUUUGUUUUAAUUGCAUUUAUCAUAUACAUGUAGCAAUCAUAGACUGACUCAAAUAAAUACUUCCAUAUUUUUGAA